UCGCAUUUAGUUGGAGCUGCAGGAGAGAGACAGAGGGAUUCUCUGUGUUUACAGCCAGCCCAGGCUACGGUGGAGCAUCCAACCUGGCCCCCCCUUUCUCCAGCACUUGAAGGGGAGAGUGAGAGAUUAUUUGGGAAUCUGGCCACCGCGGGUCAGCUUGUGCUGCGACUGGAUUGUCAGAGCUGGCAAAGCAGAGCCCAGAGGGACUGAAGGGAGACACGAAUCCCAUUUUCUCUGAGAGGAGCGAAGAGGAGGAAAAAAAAAAAAAGAAAUUGAGAGAGAGAGAGAGAGACAGAAGCGAAGAGACGGAGAGAAAGGCAGAGGAAGCGGAGCGAGUGAGAGAGAAGCAUGAGGACCUACUGGCUGCACAGUAUCUGGGUGCUGGGAUUCUUCCUGUCCCUCUUCUCCUUGCAAGAUGAACCCCUCCCAAACGACUGCCCUUCUUGUUUAGACUUAGCUUGGAGAACAGCGAUUGCAAGGCAUCUCAAGGAACAGCCCCAUCUCACCAAAUGGAAUUCAGGGCUGCCAGUCCGCAGCGUGGAUUUUAGCCGAGGUACCGAUAACAUCACCGUGAGGCAAGGGGACACAGCCAUCCUCAGGUGUUAUGUAGAAGACAGAAGCUCCAAGGUGGCCUGGUUAAACCGUUCCGGCAUCAUUUUUGCUGGAGAGGACAAGUGGUCCCUGGACCCUCGAGUAGAGCUGGAGAAGAGAAACCCCCUGGAAUACAGCCUGCGGAUCCAGAAAGUGGAUGUCUACGAUGAGGGGUCCUAUACGUGUUCAGUGCAGACACAGCAUCAUCCCAAGACUUCCCAGGUUUACUUGAUUGUGCAAGUUCCACCAAAGAUCUCCAAUAUCUCCUCGGACAUCACCGUGAAUGAGGGCAGCAAUGUGACCCUGGUUUGCAUGGCAAAUGGGCGUCCUGAGCCUGUCAUCACCUGGAGGCACCUCACUCCUACAGGCAGAGAGUUUGAAGGUGAGGAGGAGUACCUGGAGAUCCUGGGGAUCACACGAGAGCAGUCGGGCAAGUACGAGUGCAAAGCUGCCAACGAAGUUGCCUCAGCAGACGUCAAGCAAGUCCGGGUCACUGUGAACUACCCUCCCACCAUCACAGAGUCCAAGAGCAAUGAAGCGGCCACGGGACGACAAGCCUUACUGCGGUGCGAGGCAUCCGCAGUGCCCACGCCUGAUUUCGAGUGGUACAGAGAUGAUACCAGGAUAAACAGCGCCAAUGGUCUGGAGAUAAAGAGCACGGGGAGUCAGUCUCUGCUGAUGGUGGCCAAUGUCACUGAGGAGCACUACGGGAACUACACCUGUGUGGCUGCCAACAAGCUGGGAGUCACAAAUGCCAGCCUAUACCUUUACAAACGAGUUUUACCCACACUCCCCAAUCCUUUUCCAGGACCCGGAACAGGGAGAGUAGACAACGGCUCCAUGAGUUUGGCCGUCCCACUGUGGCUUCUGGCAGCGUCCCUGCUCUGCCUACUCAGCAAAUGUUAAUACAAAUCAGAGUUAAAAUAAUAAUAUUAAUAAUAAUUAAAAAACCAACACGACAACAACAACAACAACAACACACAAAACAAAACGCGUUAUACAGGAGACAGAGCGAAGAGAGGGGAGAGAGAAAAAAGAGGGGGGGAGAGAGAGAGAGACGACUGUUUCUUUCACAACUUUUGUGUGUUCAGGAGCGAAGAGGGGGGAGAGGAAAAAUUACAGCAAAGAAGACUCAGCAACAUUUAAUCCAAAACCUGAAAAGCAAAAGCCGGCUGUCAAGUUAUCGACUGCCUAGGAGGCAACACGAAGCGAGGGAUAGAAUGGGGCGCCAGCAAGGAUCGUGUCGCCGGAGGAUUGUCGCUGCAAUGUAAACAAUCCAACUAAACCCACAAAGCCAAUCAAAAAGAAGAUCCCUUUUCUUUUCUCUCCUCCUUCCUCUUUUCCAUACUCCCUCAACUUUCCUUCCUUCCUCCUCUUUCUUUCUUUUGCAGAAAGAGGUCUUUGCUUCGGUGUCUAUAGCCAUUUAACUUUUUGGAUGCCCUGGGUCAUUUUUGUGAGCUAAUGCUCAGCCAGUUCAUACUUUUAAAAACAAAUUGAAAAAAAGAAAAAAAAAGAAAAAAAAAAAAAAAAAAAAGGAAAAAAAAAAAAAAAGCAAGCCACAAACCAGAGCAAGUCACCUGAAGCUCUCUGCACACUGGUGUCCUGUGAAGACCCCCUUCCUCUCUUCAUUUCACCCUGCGCUCAUGUGCACCCAGCCCUUGCUAAACAUCUUCUUCCCUGUCCUCUCCUUCAUGAAACAUCACCCUCACAGGCCUGAGCUAAAGCUGUGUCAACUCUACUGAAAGCCUACUUUUCUUUUUUUUUCUUUUAAAAUCUUCUUCUUUCCCCGCCCCUCAAUUCAACCAGGUGUCUUUCUCUUUCUCCUGUGUAUGCCUGUGUGCGUGCGUGCAUGCAUGUGUGGCUCUUGCUCCGUCUUCACUCUUUCUCUCUUUCUCUUGCUCUCUCUAAGCAUGCAAAACGAACAGUCCAUGUGUACAUAUGCUCAUCCUGUUGUAGAUAAUGUCCUGCCUUGUAAGUGUCAGACAAGAUGCAGAGAGAUCACUUAGACAGAGAAGAGGGGUGAGGAGAGAGGGGCAGCUGCAACACAGGUUCACAUUGUGUCGCCUCUCCUGUGUCCUCACUGGCUUUUUGUCUUCUGGCCACCUUGCUUGCGAGAGUCAGUCUGCACCCUUGCCUAGGCUUUUUUUCCUCUCCCACCUCCAACCUGUUUGGCUCUCGGCCUCCAAGUACCAGCGUAGCAGCCCGUGCUCUGCAUGAGUGCUCGCACACGGGGGUGUGCACUAGUGUGCGAUUGUCCAAGCAAGCAGAAGAAACCAGGACUGGCCUACAACGCUAUGGACUGAAGACUGCAGCCACCACUCCUCCUGGAGGUGGGAGGCUGGCCCGGUGGGAUGUGAGUGAUGAGACCCUGGACGCCAGCAAGCAGCCAUUCAUUUUAGGUAUAGUGGGCAUAGGAACGAUACCUCAACAUGAAAACCCCAACCUGGUCAUUCCUAACCAUUUUGGUAGACGUGCAAAAAUAGAGCCGAUACCCUUU